UGCACCUUUCAGUCUUGCUCACCUGUCCGCGCCGUGCACAAGUGUGUAGCAAAAGCAAGUAAACAGUAUGUGACAAGACGGAGAGUAAGAAAGACAAACAGUGAAGCUUUUAACCUGAAAGAGUGUGUGGCCUGUUGUGUCUGGAUUGUGUGUCUAACUACUACUACUACUACUGCUACUACGACCACUACUACUACUACUGUUACUACUUCUACUACUGCUGCUGCUGCCGCUGUUCCUCUCUUCCAAUAUUAUAAAAGAAAAGCACCCACCACCACUACAACCACCUCCACCACCACUACUUCCUCUACAGCAACUACCACCACCACCACCACUAUGACGGACCUUACGCACCUUUCGGACCGGUUCCAAUGGCCAGAUUACCUCGUGUUUGCGUUGAUGCUGGUGGUGUCGGCGGUGAUUGGAAUAAUCUAUGGGUGUUUUGGCAAGAAGCAAAAUACAAGCGAGUUUCUGAUGGCUGGAAAAUCAAUGACAACCUUUCCAGUGGCUAUGUCUCUCAUUGCCAGUUUCAUGUCCGCCAUCACUUUACUGGGAACACCAUCUGAAGUUUACCAGAAUGGAUUUAUUUACUGGCUUAUCGGAUUCUCCUACAUUCUGGUGAUGCCCGCUGCAGCCUACCUGUAUUUCCCAGUAUUCUACAAGCUACAGGUGACCUCGGCUUAUGAAUAUCUGGAGAUGAGGUUCGACAAAUCAGUCAGGUUGCUUGGGUCCAGUGUCUUCAUCGUACAGAUGUGUCUGUACAUGGCCAUCGUCGUGUACGCUCCAGCUCUCGCCUUGGCCCAAGUCACUGGAUUCAACGUUUAUAUCUCCGUCUCCCUCAUCUGCUUUGUCUGCAUCUUCUACACUACUCUCGGAGGCAUGAAGGCCGUGCUGUGGACUGAUGCAUUGCAGACCGUCAUCAUGUACGCCAGCAUGAUGUUCGUGAUCAUCAAGGGAGCGAUUGACGUGGGUGGCUUACAAUACGUAUGGCAGAGGAACAUGGAGGGCGGCCGUGCUACCCUGAUUGACUUCGACCCAGACCCAACCACACGCCACACGUUCUGGACCCUGAUUGUUGGCGGCUACUUCACCUGGAUCACCAUUUACGGCGUCAAUCAGGCCCAGGUGCAACGAUACCUGAGUGUGCAGACGAGGCAGAUGGUGACUCAGGCUCUGUUCAUUAACCUUGUGGGCCUGUUUAUCCUGAUGAUCACGUGUGCCUUCGGUGGGAUGGUGGUCUACGCGAAGUAUGCUGACUGCGACCCCAUCACUUCUGGCAUCGUUAAAAAGGGCGACCAACUCUUCCCUCUCUUUGUCAUGGAUACAUUGUGGGAGUUCAGAGGUCUUCCCGGUCUCUUCGUUGCUGGCAUCUUCUCCGGGGCUCUGAGCACCGUGUCUUCAGGAAUGAACUCCCUCGCUGCUAUCGUUCUCGAGGACUACAUCAAGGGCACUUGCAUGCCUAACAUCUCUGACGAAGCCUCAACCUGGUGGUCUCGUGGUCUUUCCCUCUUCUUCGGUCUGCUCACCUUUGCUCUUGUCUUCGUGGCGGAGCAACUCGGGGACAUCCUAUCGGCUGCUCUGAGUAUCUUCGGCAUGGUGGGCGGUCCUCUGCUGGGCUUGUUCACCCUGGGCAUGUUCUUCCCCUGGGCUAACAAACGGGGAGCCCUCGUCGGUGGCAUCGUGAGUCUCAUCUUCCUCUUCUGGAUCGGUAUCGGGUUCCAGGUGGCAAAGGCUAACGGUCAGAUCCCCAGUACAGCCCUGCCCAUCAGCACUGAUGGCUGCGAUCUCCUCAACAUCACCAUAAAAGCUACCACCACUGUCGCCACCACCAUCGUCACAGAUACCAUUGUAGAAGAGCCAGGUGAACCACUGGGCAUCUUCCGCCUAUCCUACAUGUGGUAUUCGGCGACUGGCUGCUUCACCGUGAUCGUGGUGGGCAUGAUCGUGUCAGCAAUCACGGGGCUGCAGGACGUGAAGACCCUCGACCCAGUGCUGCUGUCCCCCGGCCUCCUGUGGGUGCAGCGGUGGAUCCCUGGCCUGGAUGGUCUUGGAGAGAACUGCAACGAGAGUGAGACACUGAAUGACAUCAAGGUGGCGCCAGUGUCCAACGGCGGCACUGUCAACCCCGGCUUUGAAACAGAUCUCGGGGAAAAGAAGCGGUCGAAGAACAGCUACUCCCCCAAUGAGAAGGAGACCGCCAGAUUGUAAAGAGAUAAAGUCUGAUGAGCUCACUCGCUCACACCUUCCUUGCCAAUGAGGAGGCUCUUUACUGCAUUGCAAUAUACGUGGUUGUCUUUGUGUGAGAGUAUGGACAGACACAAACUAGAGCUGGUGCGUGAAUGGUGCACACGUCCCUUGCACCAGUGUAGAGAUGAACUAGGUUGUGUAGCGCGUAGAAAUAGUAUUUUACAUAACACCUAUGUUCGUAAUAGGUCAAAACUUCUGUCUUUUAUAGUUUUUAGUUUUUAUAUGCCAUUAUUUUUUAUACGACAAAAGCUAAAAUAUAUACAAAAUCAAUAUUCACAAAAAUCAUAAUUUUUUUACUGUAUGAAAGCUUCUCUUUUAUGAGAUGGAACUAAAACAGGUAAAAGAAAAUCAAAUUAGAAUGUGAAGACGGAUUCAUCGAUGUGUCUGUCUUUGAAGGAACAGGACAAAUCUUGCCACACUCCAGCUGCGUUAGGAGAACCAGCUUGAAACGUAUUCUCAAACAUCUCCGUGCGUCAUUCAUCUCUUCUAGUCACUCUUGCUCUGGUAAAAGUUACUGGAGUGUUCAAGAGUGCCUCCAUUAUAGUAGUGGCAGUUAAGCAAGGAUUUUACAUCAACACAUAAAAAAUAUUCCCAAUAACUUGAAUUCAUCUCCGUGGCUUUUGAAAACUUGAUGAGAGAAUGAAGUGUUUAAGAAUACGUGACAAGCUUGACGUAUGUGUGUCUUUGUGAACUGAAGUCUACUAGUAAAAUGCUCAGGUAUUUUCUAUGCGUUGGUGCAAUCACAGAAGCUGUAUCAUAUAGGUGAUCAGUUAGUUUUGUGACACCUUUUUUGGUUUUAUAAUCAUUUCUAUGUAUUUUUGGUGAUUGAAUACGUGUAUGUCAAGAAGUACGUAUAUGUUAUUAUUAUUUUUAUCUUUAAAGCUAGCGUUCUGUAGGGUAUGUUUCCAUCUCCAUUAUGGCCGUAUUCAAAUGCAUAUUUCUUCCGUAUUGACUUAAAGAAGCCUUUGCUGCUGGAUUAUCAUGUAAACCUAAACAUAAACUGCUAAAGAAAUCUAUAUUACAAAUUACUGCACUCAGUUAUCUUGAGCAUGUGUGUUCUGAUGCUCUGGGCAAAGUAUACAUCACAACAGUCAUAAAAUUCGGACCUCCAUAAUCUAAAGCUAUGUAAAAGGAAACAUUUCCUCUACAGAUCUGGCUUAUAACAGUUUUUAGUCAAAUUUUAUCCAAGCACCGAAUCAUUAUUUUACUUGUCGAAUGUUCAGUAUUUACAAGAUGACUCCAAACCAUUUCAUAUUUCAUCGUCUCAUCUCGACUACUUUUAACAGGUUCCGAUGCAGGUUAUUACUGGUUUCCCAAGAGCGUUUUCAUGCUACCAGUUAACAAGCAAUCUGUAUCAUCAGUUAGGAGAACGAACAUCCCUGAGAACCACAGUCAUCACCUCCAUGGCCUUUGAAAAAUCAUUUUUGCCACAUAUUCUUAUUCAAGUCUUUGUUCUCAUGAUUAUUUCCAAAGACCACUGAGAUGAUUCGUCAGGUUCUCAUGGUUAUUUUCUUCUCCUCGCAGUGUUGUGGAAACUAGCCAAACUAUUAUUAAACUAACUAGCACUCCCUUGAUAACCUCAAUAACUUCCACUAGUACAGCCUGUUGAAGGUACGCACAAGAAAAGACCAUCAAUAGAGAACAAAUCGUCUAAGAAGAUCAUAUUCCACCUAUUUAUUCUUCAAGGGAUAGCAAUAAGGAUCAGACUGCCACCUGAUCUCCUUCCGUCCCAUUCCGUUUUGAUGUUGAGCUUGUAUUUUGUCCUCAUCCGUCCUCGCGAGCCCAGUGGUAGAAGGGGGCUCUCGCUGAUCUCCAUAUUAUAGUGUGUAUAUCCCCACCUCCCCCAGUCCAGUGGUGCUUUACGGAUAUAUAAGCGUGUUUCCUGACAAUGCAAUGAUUUCCUUGUGGUGUUAUGCUUUGUGCUAAUCCUCAAUUCUUAUUCGUUUUCCUUUUUUUUUUUUUUUUUUUUUCUUUUGUCUGCUUCUCUCUCUCUCUCUCUCUCUCUCU